CUGUGAUAUUUGUCUUCCACAAGUUUCAUCCUCUUACCGCAUGCAUUAUUUAAAAGCAGAGAGAGAAAACAAAAAAGAAGAAAAGAAAACAACAAUAUAAUAAUAUGGCCAGAAAAUUAAAUCCCGGGCAAGUUUUCCACCUGCUAUGCAUAUGUUCCGUCGUCUUCUUCCUUUUCGUUUUCUCAGUCAAUGUUUUCAGCGACGACGUUGAUCACAUGAGAGCGGUGCCGGCUGAAGAUAAAACGACGACGGUUUGGCUAUCUAAAAUCAAACAGUCUGGUAAUAAUUACUGGGGAAAACUCAAAGAGACUUUGGGUCGUGGACACUCCCGCUUCUUUCCUCCGAACAUAGAUUUUAGAGGAAAGGAUGAUCCGGCGAUGGGAGCAGGAGAAAAGAUGAAAGAGGCGGUCACAAGGAGCUUCGAGCAUAGUAAAGGUACGGUGGAGGAAGCUGCAAGAUCAGCGGCGGAGGUGGCGUGUGAUGCGGCGGAAGCGGUGAAAGAAAAGGUAAAGAGUAGCGUUUCCGGCAGAGAGGCGACGCAGCAACAAUCGGAGGAACUUUGAAUUCGUCGUCGUUUUUAUCCCAUAUUUGAUCGAUUGGUAUAUCUAAACGACGCAGUUUCGGAAGAGGAUUUCUUUGCCGACCGACGGCUACAUCACAUGCUUUUUCUUUAUACAACGACCACGUCACAUGUCUUAUUGCUGUUCUUCCUUUUUCUUAGCGGAAAUAAAAUAUCUUAGAUUCUCCCUUUUUCCAGCAGGUUAGUGAAAAAAAUGGAUUCAAUAAUGUAUUCUUCCUUUUUUUGCAUCGGAUUUGAGAUCCCAUAAUCAAAUAAUUCUAGAGUUUAUCUACCUACUAAACUUUUGACCCAAAUAUCUAUUUUCUUUUGUUGGUGCCAACUAGCCCAAAAUAUCUAUUUUGU